UGGCUAAAUGUCAGGAAGAGGAGGUUGGAGAAGGGUGCAACAGAGGAAGAGUGUGUAGCGCUGAGGCGCGAAGAGAGCAAGUGAGAAGGGGUGAGCAUACGGGUUGACAAGAAGAAAGGUAAUUGAAAAGCAGACCAGAGGAAAAAGGAAAGGAAGUGCGAAAAAUAGAGAGAGAGAGAGAGAGAGAGAGAGCGGACCAACUUCAGAGCUCCUCUUCCUGUUUUCUUUUGAAAAACGGAAGGCGGACCAGAGAGGAAACUGGAAAGGAAUCCUCUGACUUUUGAGGAGAGUUAAAGCUGAAAUCGAGAAAUACGGAAGAUCGUGUAGCUGACAUCUGAAGGAAUUCGUAGUUUGGGUGCUUGAAACAAAGGGUUUAUUUGCUGCUCUUAAACAAAGGGUUACAACAAAUAAGCAGUUUUUGGUUCAAAAGAAAGGAAAAGACCAAGCGAAUGGUGCCUAAUCAUAUCUUAAACAGGAGUAACUAUUGCAAUAUUCACUAAAGAUGAGUGAGUGAAGCAGACGUAUUUGAGACUGAUGAUUGGACAGGAGGGCAGAAAAGAAUAUAGAAGCAGGGGAGAACAGCUGAUCUCUGACAUCCAAAGACUUUUGAUCAGGUAUUAGUACAUUGAAGCCUAAGAGAGAGCUGCUAGACCCCAAACAAAAAUGCCAUUGCAAAGUGCAAUCGGCCCGAGUCAAACGACCCGAAAGGACCGGAUAUAAACCAUGCACUUGCUGGUUUUAUUAGAAGCUUCUGGCAAUUUGUGAAAUUUAGGAAGAGAGGCGUAAAGAUUGGUUUGUAAAUCUUGUUAACUUAACCUUCCUUUUGGUGGUGGAGUAAUGGAUGACGAAUCAUUGCUGGACCUAUUGGUGCCUACAGAUAUUCUUCAGUCACUGUUCUCUGCAUCAGGGUCAUUUUCUUUGGAAGAAGCCCUGCAGAUUCUUAUAGAGUCUUCUAAAACAGAUAAUGGGCGUUCUAACAUUGCUUCUAGAGCUAUGCUUCCUAAAGUCCUCCAGCUUAGUCAAUCUCUUCCAUAUCCUCCUCGUGGCCAAUAUCUCAUGCUAUCUCUGAAGCUACUAAGAAAUUUAUGUGCAGGAGAAAUUGCCAACCAGAACUCAUUUAUUGCUCAAAAUGGUGUUGAAAUUGUUUCCACUAUUUUGCAGUCUGCUUAUCCAGAUUAUGGGAUUACUCGAAUGGGGUUGCAGAUUUUGGCAAACAUUUGCUUGGCUGGAGAACAACAUCAAGAAGCUGUAUGGGAUCAACUUUUUCCAGAUCAGUUCAUUGUGCUUGCAAGAGUCCGGAGUUGUGAGACUAGUGAUCCUUUGUGUAAAGUUAUUUAUGUAUGUGCUGAGGGGAGCCCUAAAAUGAUUGCUGAGCUUUGCAAAGAUCAAGGUUUGAUCAUUGUGGUUGAAGUAAUACAGACUGCUUCUGCUGUUGGUUUUAGGGAAGAUUGGUUGAAGUUACUCCUUUCAAGAAUUUGCUUAGAAGAUGUUCACUUCCCCAUUCUUUUCCCCAAGUUAUGUGAAGUUUGUGCUACUGAAGACACUGAGGAUACCGGUAAUUCAGAAAAUGAUGCUUUUUCAUCUGAACAAGCUUUUCUUUUGAGAAUCAUGUCCGAGAUUGUAAAUGAGAGAAUUAGAGAGAUCAAUAUUCCCAAUGCUCUGGCACUGUGUAUUCUUGAAAUAUUUAAGAGAUCUAUUAAGGCUGUUGAUUUCACCUCCAGAGGGAAAUCUUGUCUUCCAACAGGCUCUGCGGCCAUUGAUGUGAUGGGAUACUCUCUCACUCUUUUGCGUGAUAUAUGUGCACGAGAGAGUCUAGAAGGCUUUAAGGAGGAAGGCGGGGAUGUUGUCAGUGCACUUCUAUCUUUUGGACUUUUAGAUUCGCUUUUAUGCUUGCUUUGUCAACUUGAACCUCCUGCACUAAUCAGGAGAGCUUUGAAACAGAGUGAGAACCAAGAGAGAACUAGUUCAUGUCCACCCAAGCUCUGUCCUUAUAAAGGAUUCAGGAGAGAUAUUGUUGCGGUGAUUGGUAACUGUGCAUACCAAAGGAAGUAUGUUCAAGAUGAUAUUAGAGAAAAGAAUGGGAUUCUGUUGCUGUUACAACAAUGCGUUGCCGAUGAAGAAAACCCCUUUCUUAGGGAGUGGGGAAUUUGGUCUGUGAGGAAUUUAUUGGAAGGCAAUGAAGAAAACAAACGAAUGGUUGCCGAUUUGGAGGUCCAAGGUUCUGCUGAUGUGCCUGAACUUGCUGAACUUGGUCUCAAAGUGGAGGUGGAUGAAAGAACUCGUCGUGCAAAGCUCGUGAAUAUCUCAAGCUGAUUUUCCAAGUAUGAACGAUGUUGUAUAAUUUGAUUCUCUUGACUGGAAUUUGAUAUGCUUCUUUUUUUUUCUUGAAAUAAAAAGUAGAAUUUCGAUACA